AUCUACCUGAUCUAUCCCAUGGUCUUCUGCUCAAUUGGACUCCCGACCAACGUGCUCACCAUCGUCACGGUCCUCAAAAUGCAAACCUUGAGCCCCGCGACAUUCCUCACGGCACUCCUGGCUUUCUCAGACGCCGGGGCACUGGUCAGCCAGAUCAUCGCCAUCCACGUUCUACGACACUAUAAGCCUUGGGCCGUGUUCUCUUACAUAAUCCUGUUUCCUUACAUCUACUUCACGGCACUCUCCAACUGGCUCCUCGUCCUGAUAUGCUUGGAGCGGUACGUUUCCAUUUGCCAUCCUUUAAAGAGACAAUACUUGUUUACGAAGAAGAGGAGCUACGUGGGUGCCGCAAUUUUGUCUUUCGUUAUUUUUGUGCUACUAUUGAUAUUUUACGUGACGUUGCAUAACGUUAGACCCGACAACUCAUUUGUGGAUUGGUUCGAUAAACUGCUUGUCAUCAUCAUCCCGUUUGCCAUUAUAAUCACCCUCACCGCUGCAAUCAUAAGAGGGAUACGAAAAUCCAGAAUCGAGCGUCGGAGAUUUUUGCGACGCAGUCGACAGGAAGGGAGGCAGCCUCGUGACGACCCGAUGAGCGGGACUCACAUGAUGAUCAAACUCAGGGCGAAGAGCGACCGCACCAUCACGCACAUGCUGCUCUUCGACGCCCUCGUCUUCUUGUUCCUCUUCACGCCCUUGCUCGUGUUCACCGAAGGAUACAAGCACGGGUUCUUCCUGCAGUCCAAGCAUUUUUACAUCCUGCUGGGCACGAUAGCGACCAUCAUGCUGGACUUCUCCCACGUGCUCAACUUCUUUAUUUAUUUCAUCGCAGCUAAGAAGUUCAGG